GGCAAGGCUGGUCUGCCCCCUUGGGGAACAGACGGUCGGUCCCGCGCCCGCCGCAGAGCUAGACUGGGGCCGCCCUGGGAAUCAUCGGGUCGAGCCCCCACCCCCAAACACUCCCCGCCCGCCGCCGCCCCCCAUCUCGCUCUUGGAGCUGGAUUGACCCUCUCUCGGGUUUGGAGAGGUCUCCAAGGCUCCAUUCUCAGCGGAUCAUUACAACAGGGGCCAAGAGGCGAGACCCCGCGCGCCCAUUUGACAGAUGGAAAACUAUGGCCCAAAGGCCGGGACUUGCCCAGGAACACACAGCUACUCAAGGCAGAUCAGGAUUUGAAUCCACAUCUCCUGCCACCCUCUGACCUGGGCCUGGGCAUGGGGCUUACCCUCCAUAGCAUCAUACAGCCUGCCCAGCUCUCUGGGGGGAGGAACGGCCCCCCCACUUCUCCCAGGGCCUCAGAAGCCAGCCUUCUUCAUGGGUGGUCUAAUUCCCCCGUGGGAUGCGCAUAUCUCCAGAAUGGGGCUUGCCCUUAGUGAUUCACUGCUCCGUGUGGACGGCCACAGUUCUCCCAGGACCCUGCUCUGCCAAGCCAUGAGCCACCAGAUCCUGCCGCUUCUGGCCAUGCUGACGCUGGGCCUGGCUACCUCCCAACACCGUGACAAGAUGCCCUGUAAGAUGGUGGACAAGGAGGUUUUGUGCCAGGGCCUGGGUCUGCUCCAGGUGCCCUCCGUGCUCCCACCGGACAUCGAGGCCCUUGACCUGUCUGGAAACCAGCUGCGGAGCAUCCUGGCCUCACCCCUGGGCUUCUACACUGCGCUUCACCGCUUGGACCUGAGCAACAACGAGCUCAGCUUCCUCCAGCCGGGUGUCUUCCAGGCCCUGCCCCGCCUGGAGCACCUCAGCCUGGCUCACAACCGCCUGGCAGCGGGCCCAGCACUGAGCACCGGCGGCCUGGUCCCCCUGCCUCACGUGACCUCCCUGGACCUGUCGGGGAACAGCCUGUACAGCGGCCUGGUGGAGCAGCUGCUGGGGGAGGCACCUGCCCUGCGCACGCUCUCCCUGGCGGAGAACAGCCUGACGCGCCUCACCCGCCGUACCUUCCGUGGCAUGCCCGCGCUUGAGCGGCUCGACCUCCAUAGCAACGUGCUGAUGGACAUCGAGGAGGGCGCGUUCGAGGCCCUGCCCCGCCUGGUCCACCUCAAUCUCUCCAGGAAUUCCCUCACCUGCAUCUCCGACUUCAGCCUCCAGCAGCUGCGGGUGCUCGAUCUGAGCUGCAACAGUAUCGAGGCUUUUCAGACAGCCCCAGAACCCCAGGCCACGUACCAGCUCACCUGGCUGGACCUGCGGGAGAACAAACUGCUCCAUUUCCCCGACCUGGCUGCCCUGCCGAGGCUCACCUUCCUGAACUUGUCCAACAACCUCAUCCGGCUCCCCGCGGGGCCGCCCCAGGGCAGUGAGGGCAUCAACACGCCUUCCGAGGGCUGGUCAGCCUUGCCCCUCUCCAACCCCAAUGCCAGCACCCACUCCCUCUCCCAGCUCCUGAAUCUGGAUUUGAGCUACAACGAGAUUGAGCUAGUCCCCGAGGGCUUUCUUGAGCACAUGACCUCCCUGCGCUUCCUGAACCUCAGUCGAAACUGCUUGCGGAACUUCAAGGCCCGGCAUGGGUCCCUGCCCUGCCUGGUGCUCUUAGACUUAAGCCACAAUGAGCUGGAGGCACUGGAGCUGGGCGCCAGAGCCCUGGGGGCCCUGCGGACGCUGCUCCUACAGGAAAAUGUCCUGCAGGACCUGCCCCCAUACACCUUUGCCAGCCUGGCCAGCCUGCAGAGGCUCAACCUGCAGGGAAACCAGGUCAGCCCCUGUGGGGGCCCGGGCGAGCCUGGACCCUCAGGUUGUGUGGCCUUCUCUGGCAUCUCCUCCCUCCGUGUCCUGAAACUGGUGGACAAUGAAGUGGAGAAGCUCAGGGCAGGUGCCUUUCUCCACACCCCGCUUACCGAGCUGGACCUCUCUGCCAACCCCAGGCUGGAUAUGGCCACGGGGGCCUUGGCAGGCCUGGAGGCCACCUUGGAGGUCCUGGAGCUGCAGGGCAAUGGGCUGACCACCCUGCAGGUGGACCUGCCCUGCUUCAGCUGCCUUAAGCGGCUCAACCUGGCUGAGAACCACCUCAGCCGCCUGCCUGCCUGGACCCAGGCCGUGUCCCUGGAGGUGCUAGACCUGCGCAACAACAGCUUCAGCCUCCUGCCUGGCAGUGCCAUGGGCGGCCUGGAGACCAGCCUCCGGCGCCUCUACCUGCAGGGGAACCCACUUAGCUGCUGUGGCAAUGGCUGGCUGGCAGCCCAGCUGCACCAGGGCCGUGUGGACGUGGACGCCACCCAGGACCUGAUCUGCCGCUUUGGCUCCCAGGAGGAGGUGUCCCUGAGCCACGUGCGGCCUGAGGACUGUGAGAAGGGGGGUCUCAAGAACGUCAACCUCAUCAUCAUCCUCACCUUCGCGCUGGUCUUGGCUGUCCUCCUCACCACGCUGGCCACCUGCUGCUUUGUCCGCCGGCAGAAGUUUAACCAACAGUACAAAGCCUAGAGAAGACGGGGACUGCAGAACGGCCUGGCCGGAGGGCCUUCCAGAUCAGUGGGGGCAUUGGAGGCACAGAAGAGGGUGGGGACUGAUCCAAGGUCACCCAGCAAGCAAGAGGCCAGAUCCCUGGUCUCUGAAUCUCAGCCCAGGCUUCCUUUCCCUGCAUCCUGCUGCAUCGGCUAGGUGACCCACUUCCCAGGCUGCAAAUGUGGUCCAGCUGUGGAAGCCGGAAGUUGGGCAGUUUGGGGGUGGUAGAGAAUAACAUUCACCCAUCUGAUCAACAAGUCUUUGCCAAGCAUCUGUUUUAUACCAGGCCUUGGGCACUGAGGAUAUCUCCCAGCCCUCCAGCAUCCCCCAGUCUGCUGGGGGAGGUGGCGGUGGAGCCGUUCAGUGACCACACAGUGUGCUCAGAGCUUGAGAGGUGGGAGCCCAGGGCUGUGGGGCCCCCAGGAGAGCAGCAGCUCCAAAGCUCUGCAGCUCUAGCUGGUUCAGCCUGGAGAGCCCUGCCCUGGUUGUGCCAGGGUAAAGAAGGAACAAGACCAAGAGGAUUUGUCUGAGAUGUUUCCAAGCAGACUGUUUGUCACAUCUGAGAAUGAUUUUCAGCCUCUCUGGAAAAUGAAGAGCUUCUGACCAGAAGAGAACUGGAGACACAUGUUGGAUCCAGUGCCAUCUGACGUGCUGUGACAGCCUCAGCAGGGUCUGGUUAAGGGGUUGUCACCCUGGGCUCCAGCUCUGUGCAGGACCAUUCUGUUUCCUGCUCUGGAUGAGCUCUUUCCCUACCUGGCAUUGUUGCACACACAGACCCAAAUACUGCCCUACCCCCCACUCCCUGCGCAGGCCCCUUUCUCUGCCCUGGCUCCUCCCUAGCUGGUGUGCCAAGAGUUCAAAUCUUAGAUAUCUGGUUCUGUUUUGCACCAGGCAUGGCAGCUGCAGAUACAAAUCCAAGCCUUCCUUGUGUCUGCUUCUUUAGUCGACCCUCUCAGAUUGGUAUUAUAUCCCCAUUUUACAAAAAAGGAAACUGAGGCUCCAAAAGUCCCUAUCCAGGGUCCCCCAGCUAAGAAAUGCCAUCACUGAGAUUCAUGCCCACUACCUUCUGAUGCCAGAGCCUGAGCUUUCCCACUGCAGAGCCUGCAGGCUGUCGGGUGGACAGGAAGUGGGCCCACAUUGCCGGAACAGGGCCUGGGAGCACGCUGUCCCACUCAUACUGUCUGCUCCUCUCUCCCAGGCUGUCAGAGAAGACAGGCUGCCACGGACCUCUCCUCUGCCUUGGUUUCCCUCAUUUCCAGGUUCUCCCUUUUCUCCCCUUGCUCUCAUGUUCUCUCGUUCUCUCCCUUCAUUGAUGAAGGCUAGUAUUUGAGGCCAUUUGAGUCCAGUCUCCCCAUUGGGUAGAUAGGAAGACUGAGGCUUAGGAAGAGAAUGGGAGCUGCACAGCAGGCCAUUGGCAGAGCCUGUGGAAAGGGGAUUCAGACCUGUUGCAGGUUGGGAUUGGGGGUGGGUGGUGGAGCUGACUGGUUUCCUUUUCCUUCAGCUGUUCACAACAAGAGAUAAUGCCGGCUCCAAAUUCUCUCUCUGGUCUUCUUGGUGCAGGGAUCUUUCCCCCCCUAGAAAAACGGGUAGACAGACCCACUCAGAUAAUCCUGUCCCUCAUCCUCAUGGAAUCAUGGGCUGUCUGGGGAGAAAGGAUGCCCUGGGACCACCCCAAGAACCCCAUGUUAUUGGCCUUCAUCAUCUUACCUGGGCUUGGCCCAUGGUCUGGCAUGUGACAGGGGCUUGGCAACACGAGAAAAUGAAAAUGCCACUCUCUCUGCCCCAUUUUGCAGAUGAGAAAACUGAGGUCCAGAGAGGAUCAGUGAUGACCUGGAGAGUCAACGGCAGAGCCAGGGUGAAUGGGGCAGGCAGGUCCACCCGUCCUGGGCAGGGGUUCAGAUCACAGGUGCUCACUGCACACCACGCUCUUCCUCAGGCUGGAGGGGGCCGCCAGCUGGGCCCUUCAAGCCUGACCUUUGAAAACACUACAGAGUGCUGCUCUAGCCUCCCGGGAGCCACCAGCCCAGGCCUCGGGACCAAGUCUUUGUAUAACCCGCACGAAUGUAUUAAAAAAUAAUUCUGGAGAAACA